GAAAGCUUAUUGGUACCCAGACAUGAAGGGACUGAGCUUGGUUCUCCUUGUGCUUCUCCUGAUGCUCGCAGUCGGGGAGGGCAAUGAUCCAGAAAUGCAGUACUGGACAUGUGGGUAUAGAGGACUCUGCAGACGGUUCUGCUAUGCCCAGGAGUACAUCGUUGGUCAUCACGGUUGCCCUCGAAGAUACAGGUGCUGUGCUGUGCGGUCUUAGCACCUGCACGCACCAACAUGGGGCCUGACAUCUUCAGUACAGCUUGCCAUGGAAACCAUGGUAACCAACAGCACUCUUCUAGGUAAACAGCUUUGACAACUUUCCUCUGAACCCCUCUUGGACGUCAAACAUGCAGUGGAAUCUGACAAUGAGUGCUUCUGAAGUGGACUUUAUUUAGAUAGAU